AUUCAAAAUCAACCUCUAUUGCCGACUCCGAUGAGGGAUCAUUCCGAUCAAUUCAAUCAAACGCAGGCGACAAAAUGAUGAAGACGAUUGCACACAGAUUUAAAAUCUCAAUUUUCAGUGUCUCUCUCAUCGUCUUCCUCAUCUCAGUCUCCCUUUUCCAUGUCAACAAAUCUCCUCAGAACCAAACCCUAACCCCUAAACCAGAACCUGCGUCAUCGCUAUCACAAGAGCAAGAAUCGGUUGUUCGGAGAAAUUACAUAGUUAGAUUUAUCGAAUACAAGAAAGCGGAACAUCACAAGGAGUAUCUCGAGCAGAACACGAAGGAGAAGUUUGAGGGGUCUUUGUCUUGGGAAUGGAUUAACAGAAACAACCCUGCCUCUAGAUUCCCGACGGACUUUGGAGUCGUGGAGAUCGAUGAUGAGGCGGCGAAUUCCAUCAUCGGGCAGUUUGAGAGGCUGAAGAUGGUGAAAGAUGUCAGGGUUGAUUCGAGCUAUCAGUUACGGAACCUUCUUGGUAGAAACAAGAAGGAAAGACAUGAGAGAGUCGGAGCGUUUUCUGAUGGGAGGAAGAGGCCUGGGAAGAUCUUUACUUCCAUGUCGUUUGGUGAUGGUGAGGAUAAUGUGGCUGCGGCGGCGACUAGUAACCAGACAAUUGAUUGGCAAAGGCAUCUUCUAUCACAGAAAUCUCAAGUUACGUCCUUGUUUGGAGCAGAUGCACUUUGGUCAAAAGGGUACACUGGGGCAAAAGUUAGGAUGGCUAUAUUUGAUACUGGAAUUCGUUCUGAUCAUCCACAUUUCCGUAAUAUCAAGGAGCGCACCAAUUGGACCAAUGAAGAUACUUUAAAUGAUAAUCUUGGACAUGGUACGUUUGUUGCUGGAGUGAUUGCUGGUGAAGAUGCAGAAUGCCUUGGUUUUGCACCAGACACAGAGAUUUAUGCUUUCCGUGUGUUUACAGAUGCACAGGUGUCAUACACGUCAUGGUUUCUAGAUGCGUUUAAUUAUGCAAUAGCAAGCAAUAUGGAUGUUCUAAACUUGAGCAUUGGAGGCCCUGAUUACUUGGAUCUUCCAUUUGUAGAGAAGGUGCUGGAAUUGACAGCCAGCAAUAUAAUAAUGGUCUCUGCAAUUGGAAAUGAUGGACCACUUUAUGGUACUCUCAACAAUCCCGCUGAUCAAAGUGAUGUUAUUGGUGUUGGUGGUAUAGAUUAUAACGAUCAUAUUGCUUCAUUUUCAUCACGUGGCAUGAGCACUUGGGAGAUUCCUCAUGGAUAUGGACGCGUUAAACCAGAUGUUGUUGCCUAUGGACGAGAAAUUAUGGGAUCCAAGAUUAGCACAGGUUGUAAAACCUUGUCAGGAACCAGUGUGGCAAGUCCUGUGGUUGCUGGUGUAGUGUGCCUCCUCGUCAGUGUCAUCCCUGAAAGUGAUCGAAAACAAAUCCUAAACCCAGCAAGCAUGAAACAAGCUCUAGUUGAGGGGGCUGCAAAGCUUUCUGGUCCUAAUAUGUAUGAGCAGGGUGCAGGCAGGGUUGAUCUGUUAGAAUCAUAUGAAAUACUGAAGUGCUACAAGCCUCGAGCAAGCAUCUUCCCAAGUGUUCUUGAUUAUACAGACUGCCCUUAUUCCUGGCCAUUUUGCCAACAACCACUGUAUGCGGAUGCAAUGCCUGUUCUUUUCAACACUACCAUACUUAAUGGAAUGGGUGUAAUUGGCUAUGUUGAAAGUCGACCAGUAUGGCAUCCUGCAAAUGAGGAAAGCAAUCUUCUCAGCAUUCAUUUCACUUAUUCUGACGUAAUUUGGCCGUGGACCGGGUAUCUUGCAUUGCACAUGCAAAUCAAGGAAGAAGGAGCUCAGUUCUCUGGAGAGAUUGAGGGCAACGUAACAGUGAAGAUAUACAGCCCUCCUGCUUUAGGGGAGAAGUCCUUUCGACACAGUACCUGUGUGCUGCAUUUGAAAUUGAAAGUGGUUCCAACUCCUCCAAGAUCAAUGCGGGUUCUGUGGGAUCAAUUUCAUAGUAUUAAAUACCCUCCCGGUUACAUUCCAAGAGACUCCUUGGAUGUCCGCAAUGACAUUCUUGACUGGCAUGGGGAUCAUCUGCAUACCAAUUUCCAUAUUAUGUUCAACAUGUUGAGAGAUGCAGGAUACUAUGUUGAAACACUUGGUUCACCUCUGACGUGCUUUGAUGCUCGCCAGUAUGGGACUCUUUUGCUGGUGGAUCUUGAAGAUGAAUAUUUCGAAGAAGAGAUUCAAAAGCUGAGAGAUGAUGUUGUAAAUAACGGACUCAGUUUGGUUGUAUUUGCCGAUUGGUACAAUGUUGACACAAUGGUCAAAAUGAGGUUUUUUGAUGAUAAUACACGAAGCUGGUGGACCCCUGUUACCGGUGGAGCGAAUAUCCCUGCAUUGAAUGAUCUGUUGGCACCAUUUGGUAUUGCUUUUGGAGAUAGAAUUCUAAAUGGUGAUUUCAAUAUAAACGAUGAGCUGAUCAGGUAUGCAUCUGGGACAAACAUUGCCAAAUUCCCUGGUGGUGGGUAUGUGCACAGUUUCCCCUUUUAUGACAGCUCAGAGAGUGGUGCCACACAUAGUUUCCUAGCAUCUGGUACCGAUAAUGCUGAUUCGGCUAUUCUGGGCCUAGUGGAGUUGGGAGGGAGUCGAAUUGCUGUAUAUGGGGAUUCCAAUUGUUUGGACAGCAGCCAUAUGGUUACCAACUGUUAUUGGCUUUUACGGAAAAUACUAGAAUUCACAGGCAGAAAUAUCAAAGACCCGGUGCUGUUCUCAAAUUCAGUGAAACAAAAAGUGCCUUUGCACCUAGAUGACGAUCAGUUGCCAUCCCGUAGGACUGAUUUGAAUUUCUCAACAUAUUCUGCAGUUUUUGGGAAAGAAUUGACCUGCAGGAGUGAUUCCAGGUUUGAUGUGUGGGGAACAAAGGGGUAUGGCCUACAGGUCAGAGGACGAAAUCGUAGAUUGCCAGGGUAUAAAGCAAUUGAUCUUGGCAGGGGGCUGAAUUCUUCAGCUGAUAUCUCCAUCACAAAGGGUCCCAAGGUCCUUGACAAAAACAAGGAGAAUUCUUCAGGCAACAAGUUCCUUGGCUUGCUGUACAGAGAUGAUCUGGACGCACCCGUUGUAUUUCCAAGUCACUGGCUUGUACCUGCUGUUGUUGCUGUUUUAGGGAUUUUGCUCCUACUAAAUUUCUGGAGAAUCAGACAGAAGAGGCGUCGUAGAAGGAAAGGAUCUAGCUCUAGUCGUUACACCAACCUCUAGCCAUAAGUUUUGAAGUCGAAUCUACUCUUGUAAUGCUAGAUGAAAGUUGGUUUUGCAUAAAUAGAAAUUUUGCAGUAAUGUUUGUGUGCGACAAUCUCUUUUAUUUCUGGUUUUGCCAGGCACCAAAAUCCCAAUCGGAAAAUGCAGCAAAAU